AUGCAAGCGGGUGGCGUGACGGCGGCGCCCGCGCCGGCACCUCCCAAUGGGUACGGAACACAGCAGCAACAGCAACAGCAACAGCAGCAGCAGCAACAGAUGUUGUUGCAGCAGCACCACCAGCAGCAGUUGUCCAACAACUCGCCGGCGUCGACGGCGGCCACCGGCACGGCCACCACCAACAAGAUACUGAUAAACGGCGGCCGUUUUGACUUCGACGACGGCGGCACGUACUGUGGUGGCUGGGAGGACGGCAAGGCGCACGGGCACGGCGUGUGCACCGGCCCUAAAGGCCAGGGAGCGUACUCGGGAUCUUGGCACUAUGGUUUCGAGGUGUCCGGCGUUUACAUGUGGCCCAGCGGUAACACUUUCGAGGGCCAAUGGCAGAACGGCAAGAGACACGGGUUGGGCGUCGAGUCCCGGGGGAGGUGGCUGUACAGAGGAGAAUGGACACAAGGUUUCAAAGGCCGGUACGGUGUCAGACAAUCGGCCACGACCAACGCCAAGUACGAGGGGACUUGGGCCAACGGGUUGCAAGACGGCUACGGGUCAGAGACGUACGCCGACGGUGGGACGUUUCAAGGGCAGUGGAUGCGCGGCAUGCGACACGGAUACGGCGUCCGGACCAGUGCUCGGUUCGGGAUGGCAUCUCAUUCCAAGCCAAACAAAUCGGACAUCCGGAAUUCCCUGUCGUCGUUGGGCAGCGACGAUGCGCACAACAAGGUGGGCAGUGCGUCCGAAGACCCGGUAAUUGGUAGCGAGGGUCGUGACAAGAAGCUGGACGACACCCGAGGUGGGUUCGUGUUGAAGGCCAACAGUGACGAGCAGCCGAACAAACACAAGACGCUGGUGUCCAAGUCCACGCACAGUCUCAAGAGGACGUUCAUGUCUGGUUUCAAAAUGCGAAAACAGAGAAGCACCGGCGAGCUGGAGAAGAAAGUGUCGGGGAGCAUCAGAAGCACUGCGUCCUGUACGUCAUGGAUCAGCACUGGAUCGUCUCAGUCGGCGAUGGGAGAGUCCUAUAACACAGACUCCAAUGCAAGUUUCAUCGUCGAGGACGAGCAUAUGGACGUGAAUACGACGGAAACGUACGUGGGCGAAUGGAAGAACGACAAGAGAUCCGGAUACGGGAUCGCCGAGAGGACGGACGGGCUGAAGUAUGAGGGUGAAUGGUUCGCUAACAAGAAAUAUGGUUACGGAGUGACGACGUUCAAGGACGGCACGAAGGAGGAGGGCAAGUAUAAGAACAACGUGCUGGUGACGUCCCAGAAGAAAAAACACUAUUUCCUGAUGAGGUCAGCCAAGCUCAAGGAACGGAUCGAGGCCUCUGUAAACGCGGCGCAUAGGGCGUCGAAAAUUGCGUUGCAAAAAGCGGAUAUAGCAAUAUCUAGGAUGGCCACAGCGAGGGGCAAAGCGGAACUGUCUGAUAUCGCAGCGGACCACGCUCGAGAGGAUUACGAAAUUGCAAAACUCACCGCCAAACAGUUUGCUCCAGAUUUCAUUCAACCAGGACUGGAAAAGACCAGACUCCGGGAGAUAUUGAAACAGCGUAUGUCAAUCGACCAAAAAACAAUAUUGCAGCCGUUGAUGCCGAUGCCUAAUCCCGUCGGACCGACAUCGUCGUCUGACGCAGUUGACGCGUCGUCCCUGUCAUUGUCGUCCAACAACCUGUUAUACUCAAACACCGGCGGUCAGCAGGACCCAACCGAGACUACACCACAAUUCAGACCUAGGUCGCACUACGCGCAGCCUUAUUACCAGUCGACAGCAACCAGUGCCAGCAACCAUCAUCAACAGCAGCAGCAGCAACAGUCCAGCGGCGUUAACUCACAGAGUUCCGUGGGCCAAUCGUACCCUCGAAACAGCCUCACACCGGAAAUGAGACAGAACUCGUCAAGCAACCAUCACCAGCAGAACCAAGGUUACAACCAGAAUAGUGGUGGGUCCUCGGCACCGCCACCGCCGCCGCCGAGCCGCUCCAACAAUAACGGCCUCGGCGACCAGUACCCCGGUAACGCACAGAACAGCAUGUACGGCGCCGGGGCCAGACGGCCGUACGGCCAGAACGGCAGCGGUGGCGGCGCAGCUGGAGGCAGCGGUGGAGGGCAACCGACGGCCCGCCAAAGCGUCAUCGACAGGGCGUCGUUUUCACAGCAACGCAUGUCGUCGUCGUCUCACGCCCCCUACCCCCGAGCCAACGAAGACGGUGCAGGUGCAGGUGCAGGCGCUGGCUCGCCACGUCGUGACAGUGCCAGCCGGCCAAAUCGUCACAGCCAAUACGAAGUAGGCGUGGACGACGACACCGAUCCUUCGCUGUUGAGACGAAACACAAAAUACGUCAACAGGGAAUCACUGUACUCAUUUCAACAGGCCAUGAGUGAUCAUUUUGAUCAUUACAAGAGGCCACCGAGCCGGGAUAAUAGUGUGGACCGGUACAGCCGGGCAGCCAGUCGGCUCAGUGGAGGGUCGAGACAGUCAUCAGUGGAAAAGUCACAGAACCAGCAGCAACAGAGAAGAGGAGGAGAUGAUCGACUUCCUUCCUCAUCGUCUUCCGCAGCUGAUAAAUCAUUCAGCGGUGGUAAUGGCUUCAAAACAUCGUCGGCGGCCGGGGCCAAGCAAAAUAUCUCGUCAUCGGCCGCCGCGCAGCGUCAACCACCGCCGUUUGAGGAUAUCAUACUUAGGCAACGGAACCUCGGGCAGGAGAUCGUUCCGUCACCUAUCGGGCAACCCAAGCGUACGGAGUCCUUGUACGUGAACCCAAAUACCGCACGCAAAGAGACCAAACCUAAAGUGAGUACAACAAAUAUUUGGCGUAGGAGUAGGAGUAAUAGUCCUGAUAAUGGUGAUGACCAAAGCAUUAAUGGCGUUAGUGUUGGUAGUGUUGGUAGUGGUGCGAGUGACAACAGUCAUGGUAGCCGUAGUAGCUCCUUGAUUGGUUGUUGUUGUUUUAUUUGCAAUAGGAACGAUGAUAUGAUCCACGAUAAUAGUGAAAUUAUUGAUAGUCAUGGUCGUCAAGUUAUGAGAAGUAAUAGUGAUUGCCGUACAAAUAGCAGCAGUACUAGUGGCAACGGUAGGGGUAGUGGUGAUGGUCAUGCUACUAUGGAUAGUUUUAAUUUUAGUGAAAUUGGAGGUAGUGGUGAUGGCCGCGUCAGUAGGAUAAGUGGUUAUAUCCACUCUAGUAGGGGCAGGGGUGUUGGCCGGUCCAGAAGUAAUAGCACUGACAACUACGGUAGUAGAGUUAGCGGUGAUGGUCUCGAUAGUAUGCUUAGUGUUGAUCAGCAUGCUAAUAUGAUUAGCGGUGGUGGUCACCCUAGUAGGUGUAAUGAGAGACGUGGAUCUAGUAGGGGUAGGGGAGAAGGUCGCUCUAGUAGCAGAAGUGCGGAUGGCCGAGCUACGUCUAGCACGAUUCCUUUGAAUAGCAGCAACAGCCAUUCUAGUGGUAAUAGCGCUAAUGGUAAUAGCGCUAGUGGUAAUAGCGCAAGUGGUAAUAUCGCUAGUGGUAAUAGCGCUAGUGGUAAUAGCGCAAGUGGUAAUAGCGCUAGUGGUAAUAGCGCUAAUGGUAAUAGCGCUAGUGGUAAUAGCGCAAGUGGUAAUAGCGCUAGUGGUAAUAGCGCUAGUGGUAACAGUGCUAGUGGGAAUAGUAGUAUUACCCGCCCUGGUAGGAGUAGAAGUGGUUUAAGAGUAAGAUUCAAUUUUGAUGUGAGUAGCAGUGAUGACCCCCCUGAAAGGAGUAGUGGGCCCAAUAGAGAUCACAAUCACAUUAGAAGUAACAGGCACAGUAGCUGUGAUAGUUACUUCGAUUCAAGGGAUUAUAAUCAAGUUACUACAAGUGCCUUUGUUGACAGAGAUACCAGAGAAUUUGAAAAUACAAUUAACUUACAAGUUAGUACUCAAGGAAAUGACGGUAAUAUUGGUGGCUACAGUAGUGGUAGCAUCCGUAGUAACUUUGACGACCAUUCUGAUAUUGCCAGAGUCCAUAGAGUUGGUGGUUAUGAAAAUGGUGGCGUAUGUUGUAGUAGUAAUGAUGACUACGUAAGUAACGGCAUUCGUGAUGCUAGUGUUGUCCACGGUAGAAGUAGUAUUCGUGGCAAUGGUGGUGGCCACAUUAAUAAUGACAUACGUGGUGUUGGUGGCAUCUAUGUUAGCAAUAGAGUGGUCCGCGAUCCAGCUGACUACCACGUUAGAGGUGUGGUCAUCCGUGAAAUUAGUAACAGUGGCCGUGACAGUGGUCAAGGCACUGACGAUUAUGAAUAUAACUACGAUUAUGAAGGUUUCUACAACUAUGCAGAUGGCUAUUAUAAUGAAGGUAACUACGGAAACGGAGAUGGAGAUGAUGUAGGUGACGGAAGAAUGCGUAGGUUGUUGCCAUCAAUUCCUUUUAUACAGCAAAUGAUGUGGUUUCGAUCGUACUUAAGAAAUAGUCGUAGGAACGUUCUAUUUUACCACACAUAG